AUUUCAGACGAUCCUCAACGUUCGGAAAAAAAAGAGAGGAAAGUUAGAUAACACAAUCUUUCGUGUCCGUCCAAUCUACACCGCGAAUCCCCCGAUCGGACGGUCGCGGAUGCAGCGGCAGCUCGCAGAUUCCCCUUCCUCGCUCUGUUCCCCAGGCUCCCGAGGCCGCGAAGAACCCUAAACCCAUGGCGCUCUCCGCCGCUCGCCGCCUCUCCUCCUCAUCCACUGCAGCCGCCGCGCCGAAGCUUUCCUCAAUCUUCCGCAACCCGAAGCGUCGAUCACCGCCAACAAAUCUCUCCUCACUUUUCGGCGAUCGGAAACAUCCAUCUCCGCCACCGGCCUCCGGCGACGAGCCGCUGUGGCGGAGGCCCAGGCCCAGGCCCAAGAUGAGGGAGCCGUGGGAGGAGGAGGCGGGGGCGCUGCUCCGGCGGCUCCACCAGGGUCUGUACCUGCCGGGGCCCGACCUCUCGUCGGCGCCGCAUGCCGUCUCCCCCGACGUCGUCAAGGCCGCCGCCGAGCGGUUCGGGCACGACAACCAGGUGGUCGCCAAAUGGCUGUCAGGGAGCGACUUGAAGAAGCUUGCCUUGUUUGGGUGCCCAACUGUUGAACGAAGAACGGUUUUUGCAUCAAAAAGAUUACGAGCUUUCUUCAACAUCCAGGAAGACAAAAUCUGCAGCUCUUGUAAACUGAGAAGUUCGUGCAAGUUUGUUAACCAGGAAGUCACUAGGCAUAAUAAAGUGAUUCUGUCUGAUACAAUGAGAAUUAUUAGUUUGUUUGUACUGGAUGCUUUCCCAAAGGAACUCCAGGUUACAGCUGAAUUAAAAGCUAGCAUUUGCAAGCUGCUAAAGGACACCAUAAAUCUUAGCAGUUGAUUUCUGAGCAUCCCGAACAGAGCUUCGGCAGCUUUUUCUGGCCCUUCUAAUACAGUGAUGUCUGUAGUUAUUUGGAGCAGAUAGUUGAGUCUAUGCUUCAGUCACAAUCACUCAAGGUUAGAGUGCUGACCUCCGUGAUUUCUCUCAUUCUUUUUUCUUUUGUGCAAUUCUAUUAUGAUGACGUAUAGCUCCCUUCCCUAUUGCCCCCCAAAAAUAACCAAAAAGUUCCAGAGGCAUCUUCCAUUCAUUUCGAUUUUGGUCUUUCUGCACCAUAUUUAGAUCUUCCCUUUCUACGAUCCGGAAUUCCCAGCAAAUCCUUGACUCCUCGAAUACGAUGGGAUUUCACACCUGGCGAAUCUUUCACUCUACCUCCUCUGACUAAGACUAUAGAAUGUUCCUGCGAAUUAUGACCUAGAUCAUGUAUUAAAUCUCAGUGGCAUUUGACUAUAGCUCAUAAUUUUAUUGAUGCACUGUUGAUGUAUCCUGCCUUAACUUGGUUGAACUUUCUUUAAUUUCGUUGUUUAAUCAAACAAAUAAGAUACACAACAGUGGGUUUAACUUCUGUCUUUACUUACUUCAUGUCAUAAAUUUUUUUCUCUGUUUUGCUAGCUGUUUAAGCAGUGAGAUCUCACAUCUGUCAAUCGUGCUAUGUAUGGGGUUCUCCGGAGUGAAGGGGAAGCUAACAUCCAGCAAUCUGGGAUAAGCACGGGGCCUAUGUUUGCUUGAUAUGUCAGACAAUCUUUGCUAUAUCUGCUCUGAAGCGCCUAAUGAUGUAUAGGAACUCUGGUUGUUGACAGUGAUGGGCCGAUGGCACUACUGAAUGGAACAAUUUGAUGACAUAAUAGUUCAUUCCCCUUAGAUCCUGAUGUGCACGUUUGUCAAGUUCCUUGUCUGUAAAGCAUCACAUGUUUGACAAUUCCUUGUCGAGAUGAUAAUCCUUGUUUAAGGUUACUUUCCAUGGGAAGGCAUUGUGCCAAUUGCAGUGUUCCAAUAACCUUGCAUAUAAUAGAAAAACAAGGAUAUUGUAUCAUACUUGCCAUGACUUGUUCAUCAUUUGCUUGGCUAGUUGGUGCUGUGCAACACAAA